AUGUCUACAAGCUACCUGCCACAACCACAACAGGUGACAGUUGUCUACAAGCUGCCUGUCACAACCACAACAGGGAACAGAUGUCUACAAGCUGCCUGUCACAACCACAACAGGGAACAGAUGUCUACAAGUUGCCUGCCACAACCACAACAGGUGACAGUUGUCUACAAGCUGCCUGCCACAACCACAACAGGUAACAAUUGUCUACAAAGCUGCCUGGCCACAACAGGUGACAGUUGUCUACAAGCUGCCUGCCACAACCACAACAGGGAACAGUUGUCUACAAGCUGCCUCUCACAACAGGGAACAGUUGUCUACAAGCUGCCUGCCACAACAGGGAACAGUUGUCUACAAGCUGUCUGCCACAACAGGGAACAGUUGUCUACAAGCUGCCUGCCACAACCACAACAGGGAACAGUUGUCUACAAGCUGCCUGCCACAACCACAACCGGGAACAGUUGUCUACAAGCUGCCACCAUAACAGGGAACAGUUGUCUACAAGCUGCCUGCCACAACAGGAACAGUUGUCUACAAGCUUCCUGCCACAACAGGGAACAGUUGUCUACAAGCUGCCUGCCACAACAGGGAACAGUUGUCUACAAGCUGCCUGCUACAACAGGGAACAGUUGUCUACAAGCUGCGUGCUACAACAGGGAACAGUUGUCUACAAGCUGCCUGCCACAACAGGGAACAGUUGUCUACAAGCUGCCUGCUACAACAGGGAACAGUUGUCUACAAGCUGCCUGCCACAACUACAACAGGACUUCAGGAAUCCUAGACUCCAGAACUCCCAGACUACAGGGCUCCAGGAAUCCUAGACUCCAGAACUACAGGGCUCCCAGACUAAAGGACUUCCAGACUACAGGACUCCCAGACUACAAAGCUCCAGGACUCCCAGGCUCCAGGAUUCCCAGACCAGAGGGCUCUCAGACUACAGGGCUCCAGGACUCCCAGGUUCCAGGACUCCCAGGCUCCAGGACUUUCAGACUACAGGGCUCCCAGACUAUAGGACUCUUAGAUCACAGGGCUCCCAGACUACAGGCUCCAGGACUUCCAGGCUCCAGGACUCCAGGCUCCAGGACUCUAGACUCAGGCAGAUACAGGGCUCCAGGACUCCCAGGCUCCAGGACUCCCAGGCUCCAGGACCCCAGGCUCAAGGACCCCAGACUACAAGGAUCCAGGACUCCCAGACUACAGGGCUCCAGGAAUCACAGGCUCCAGAACUUCCAGACUACAGGGCUCCAGGAAUCACAGGCUCCAGGACUCCCCAGACUACAGGGCUCCAGGAAUCACAGGCUCCAGAACUUCCAGACUACAGGGCUCCAGGAAUCGCAGGCUCUAGGACUCCCAGACUACAGGACUCCCAGGCUCAAGGAUCUCCAGACUACAAAGCUCCAGGACUCCCAAACUACAAAGCUCCAGGACUCCCAAAUUACAAAGCUCCAGGACUCCCAAACUACAGGGCUCCAAGACAAACAGGCUACAGGGCUCCAGGAAUCACAGGCUCCAGAACUUCCAGACUACAGGGCUCCAGACUCCCAGGCCGCAGGGCUCCAGGACUCUCAGACUUCCAGGCUUCAGGGCUCCCAGAUUAUAGGGUUCCCAGACUACAGGACUCCCAGACUACAGGACUACAAGAUUAUAGGGCUCCAGGACACCCAGACUACCAAGCUCCAGGGCUCCCGGGUUCUAUGUAUCUGUCACUAA